AUAAUUAUAGCGCAGCGAGUCAGCAUCCAAUUUGACGGUGUCGGUGAUUCACCAAAUUCCUUGUUUCCUUCUAAAAUCUAAAUUCCCUUUCUCCCUUGUCUUCUCUUUUCUCAAUUUCGCUCUCUAUUGUCAUCAAUUCACACAUCCACCGUUCAGUUAAAAACCACCCAAAUCCGAUGGCGGCGUCGCGGCGUCUCCGGGACCUCCAAUCCCAACCGGCGAACAAGAUCUGCGUGGACUGUUCCCAGAAGAACCCGCAAUGGGCCUCCGUAUCGUACGGCGUCUUCAUGUGCCUAGAGUGCUCAGGCAAGCACCGCGGCCUGGGCGUGCACAUCUCCUUCGUGCGAUCCGUGACGAUGGAUUCGUGGUCCGAAAUCCAGAUCAAGAAAAUGGAAGCCGGAGGCAACGACAAACUCAACGCCUUCCUCACGCAAUACGGCAUCCCCAAGGAAACCGACAUCGUCGCCAAGUACAACUCCAAUGCCGCAGCCGUCUACCGCGACCGCAUCCAGGCCCUCGCCGACGGCCGUCCCUGGCGGGAUCCCCCAGUCGUCAAGGAAGCCGUCCGCUCCUCCGCAUCAAAGGGCAAGCCGCCGCUCUCGGCUGGCAACAACAACAACGGCGGAUGGGAUAAUUGGGACCCGGACGACGGAUUCGGAUCGGCCAGGGGCGGGGCGGAUCUCAGGAGGAACCAGUCCACCGGCGAUGUGAGGGGAUUCGGAGGCGGCGGGAACGUGUCGAGGUCGAAAUCGACUCAGGAUAUGUACACGCGGGCUGAAUUGGAAGCCUCUGCUGCCAACAAAGAAGACUUCUUCGCGCGGAAGAGGGCGGAGAAUGAGUCAAGGCCGGAGGGGCUUCCGCCGUCGCAGGGUGGCAAGUAUGUUGGAUUCGGAUCUGGCCCCGCCCCGAACCAGACGGGGGUUAAUCAGCAAAACGAUUAUCUUUCUGUCGUUUCUCAGGGAUUUGGUAAAUUAUCAUUGGCUGCUGCUAAUGUUGUUCAGGCCGGGACAAAAGAAUUCUCUGCUAAGGUAAAAGAGGGUGGUUAUGAUUACAAGGUCAAUGAAACUGUCAAUGUUGUCUCUCAGAAGACAUCAGAGAUUGGACAAAGGACUUGGGGUAUAAUGAAAGGGGUCAUGGCAUUGGCUUCACAGAAGGUUGAGGAAUUCGCUAGAGAUAACCCGAAUUGGAUGUCUGAUAACUGGCAACGAAAUGAAAGUGAUAGAAAUGGUUUCUACCAGGAGUUCAAUCGAGAGAAUAAUGGCCGAAAUUCUUCUACCAGAGAAGGACAACAUUCUUCAGGUGGGCAAACUAAUACUUUUCACUCAAGCUCUUGGGAUGAUUGGGGCCACAAUGAUUCUAGGAAGGAAGAAACAGCUAAAGGAUCAGCUCCUCAGUCAUCAGGUGGGAAGUUUGAUAAUAAUUAUAACUCAAGCUCUUGGGAUGAUUGGGACCAGGAAGAUACAAGGAAGAAAGAACCAGCUAAAGGGUCAGCUGCCCAUAGCAGUGAUGGUUGGGCUGGAUGGGAUAAUGCCAAAGAUGAUGGAUUUGAUGAUAUCUAUGGGAGUGCAUCUAAUAAUAAAGGUGGCGCUCAUAAUGACAAGUCAGGUGCUGCCUGGACAGGAGGAGGCUUUCUCUAAGGUUUUGACCUGAUCUCUAUCAGCAUGAUCAAAGUUUUGUUGGAAGUGACGCAAUACAGUACCUCUUGGACUGGUGGCAUGCAAACCGAGUAGGGGUGUUGUUUAAUAUGAUGGAUGUGACCUGAUUGUCAACUAUAAGUUUGUUGGUCACUAUUAAAUUCAUGCCCCGUAUGUGCUGGAUGAAUGAUAUAUUUUGAGGUUAGAGUAAUGUCUGCAAGUCUUUAUUUUUCAACAUUCCCCCAUCCUCCCUUGUGUAAUCUUUUCAUGUGAUUUUUUGGGGACUUCUGUAUGGUUGGAAACUUAUUUUAAAUGUACGUACAAGUGUCUAAAGAAAGGGCAAAUUGCCCAAAUUUAUGAUUAUUUUUACUGGAAGUGUGAUGAAACAUUUAUUGUGACACGAAAAUUUCAUAAUGGUUUUGAAUUUAUAGCAACUUAAUUCGCUUU